CCGCUUGCUUCGACCUUCCGCUAUGCAGACGUCUUCCCGCCGCAACCUGUGGUGGGUGCCAACAUGCCCUCCACUGUUGCCUUCCCUGUCCUUGCGACCAUGAACUCGAGCGUCGCGUCAGACGACGCCAAGGCCCGCGUCUCUUGGAUUCCCGCGCUCGAAGUCAUGCUCCAAUUCGAGUCCAGCUCCCGCUGGCCAAGCACGCUCGAUGCAAUGCAGAAGGUCAAAACUGCCUUCCUGAUCAAGCUGGCCGAGGCUCUGGCCACCCGCAAGCCUCCGUCCGCCGAAACUCCCGACGCCGUCGCCGCUGCUGCCCACAAAAAGUCCAAGAAGGCUCAACGGGCUGAGGAGUCGAGCGAAGACGCCGAAGACAAGGAGGACGAUCCUGAAGCCCACUUGCUCUUUGCGGGCAAGGGCAUUCCGUCGCUUCUCUCGGCCGAUCACCUCGACGUUUGCGUUGACGGCAUUGUGUUUCGCUUGUUCGUGUACCACGAGAAGGAGGCCCAGCUCAUUCGUGUCUGGGAUCGUCAGCGCCAGCGCAAGCGCGGCCUCGGCUCGAUGACCGUGGAAGUCGCCACCGAGGAUGCAGAUAACGAACAGGACGGUGCGGACGCCGCGGAAGAGAAUGCCAGCAAAUUGCUGCCAACCCUCUUCCCGGAAGGUGUGACGGCCGUCGCGUACGAGCGGUUCUUCACUCAGCGCGCCCUGCACACGAGCGUUAUUCACAGCUUUGCGACCCUCCAUCCCUUCUUUAUGCCCACCGUGCGUUUGGCCAAGCGCUGGCUCGCAGCCCACCUCCUCUCGGAGAACUUUACCGACGAGUGCGUCGAAUUGCUUGUUGUACGUGUGUUCAUCCACUCUCACCCGUAUGACGAGCCUGCUUCGCCGCUUGUGGGUCUCCUUCGCUUCCUGAGCCUGCUCGCGACCUUUGACUUUUUCCAGCAAGCCGUCAUUGUCGAUGUAGUGGCGGAUUCUGCCGAACACAGCCGCUUUACUGAGGAAGAGGUUUCGAACGUUGAGACGCACUUCCGCAACAACCGUGCCGCGCUCCCUGCACUCUUCAUUUCCACCCAGACCGACCGCCAAUCCAGCCAAUGGACUCUGGAGGGCCCGUCAGCCGGCAUGCUUUCGCGCGCCGCCACGUUCGCCCGCGCUUGUCUUGAGAUGUUGACUCGCUGCAUUCGCAAUCCCUUCUCUACGGAUGCCUCGUUCGUUAGCGCCUUCCGCACCAAUCUCCAAGAUUACGACAUCAUCAUCCACCUCAAGCCCGUUCAAGUGCCCCGUCUGUACUCGAGCAUCAACGCGGAAGAGUACCUGCCAUUGUUUGUGCGCCCGUCCAAGUACAAGAACAUUGCGCUCAGUGCCACGUUGUCUGCCGCAUCCUUCGCCGCCCGAGGUGAAUCGUCGCUUCUCGUGGCGUUCGAUCCGGUCGGUCGAUUUGUCGCAGAAUUGCAGCGUCUCUUCUCCGAGUAUGCCAUUUUCUCGUUCGACAAGUAUGGUGGAACGAUCGUGGCUGUUGCCCUCAAGCCCGCAGCGUUCUCACCUCGCGCAUUGAGCACCAACCACGCGCUUGCCACCAUGCCUGCAAUUCGUGCCAAGACGUUGCGUCCGCUUCCCGGCGUGACCAGUGAUCCAGCCAAUCAGGUGGUGGCCAACAUUGACGCCCUCCUGGAGGAUUUCGAAGAAGUUGGGCAAGGGCUGGUCGACCGCAUCGAGGUGCAACGCAAGCUCUGGUAG